GGGAGUGGCAUUUGCUGACGCAAAAUUGGCUAUUUUGCAGAGAAUCAGAUAAAAGAAGCCGAGGAAGCCAGCUUACCCAAGGUCAAGCAGCAUGCAGGACGAGAAGGAAGAGAACGAGUACGUGUUCGUGUUGACACAGAAGCUGAACGACUCGAGCGCCUGCCACGCCUCGCAGGAGAUGGCGGCGUCCCCCACGACGGCGGCGUCAGCCACCACAUCGUCGUCUGAUGGGAGCGCGACGUUUGGCGACUCGGACGCAGAGGAGGAGGAGGACGACGACUCGGUGGAGAUGGACCAGAUGCCUGUAACCAUGCCCUUCUUGCCGGCGCUGGACUCGUCCACGCAGAUUACGAUCCAUGAUGGCUACAGCGAAGCCAUCAUGGACGCUCAGCACGCGCUGGACUCGCGUCUAUUGGCAUACUCACAGUAUCAGCAAAUGGCCCGGCCGAAGCAGGUGCUGUUAAUGCCGAGAAGACCCAAGAAGGAGCGGUUCGUCAUGACGGCCAGACCCGCCGUCGUAGACCGCCCUGUGACCGUGUGUAUGGGCUGGCAGCGCGUGUCCAACAUUGACUCAAGUAGCCGAGACCUGCUACGUGUGCUGGACGAGGACGGCGUAUCGUACGAACCCCAUGACACGGCCUACAGUGUCAAGUACCUGGCUCCUGUCUUGCCGUUCGGCGACUGCCUCUUCUUGUCAAUGGAGCAGCUGCUGCUGUACACGGAGGAGUGCGAGCCUCUGUCUCCCGAAGGGAUUCGCGAAGUGGCGACGAAGUUCUUCCUUGCUCACUACAAUUCGAGUUCACCCGAGGAGAAGCAGAAGAUAGACAAGGCCAUCCAGAACUUGUACUUCCCAACCUUGAAGGGAGGCUGGGGCGUGAGUCCCGUUCAGACACGGCGGUUUGUGGCACGUCGGAGUGACAAGAAGAUGCUACUGGACAAGUGUGCAGAGCUCCAGAAGCGUGGCUACUCGUGGGGAAAAGCUGCAGAAGCAGUAUACACAGAAUACGCACAGCCGAUCGUGGACGCGCACUCGUACUGCGACUACAUGAGGGUGGGUCGAGGUGAAAACACGCACUUCCUUAUCGGUUUGAACUACAGCAGUCGCGGACUCAUCUCGGUGGACAACGACCCGGACAACUCGCGUGUGGCCUGGGGCGAUGACUUCGUGCUGGAGGCGCUGGCGACUGCGUAUCAGCGCGAUGUCUUCGUGGUCCUAGUGGGAUGUGGCAAGAUGUUCUUCCUCCCGCAUCGACCGCGCGGUGAGGUCGGCUUGGAUCCGAGCACAAUCUGCCACUCAAAGGGCCAUGCGCCAUGGUUCUUGCUCAUGCGAUUAACCGGCAGUGACCGAGGUGGAGACCACUACGAGCCGAUGCUAUGCGAACGGCUGCGUGGAGACGGAUCACCGGAGUUUGGCUCGAUUGGAGACUGACUUUACGGAGUUCUCUUGCGUGCCAUGCACUAAGGUUUUCUUAACUAGCUAAAUAUUCAACCCGCUCGACUCUGCAUUAAUUGACACAACGAGACCUGAUACCGUGCUUGCCUUCAAAGUUUGAUUGUACCUGUUUAGGCCACGCGGUGUAGGUGUUGAGAGCUCCUGUUUUCCGCUCCCAGUAAUAAACUCCGCCGAUGGAAGACCACAACACAGACGGGAAGCUAAGCUUAACGACGACACAAGUUCACUUUGCGCAGGCUGUUUCAGCCAGGGCCUUUUCAUUAUCAUCUCUGGAUCCCCAUGGCUUGAUUAGCUGACAAACCCGUAUCCUCUUCUUGUUAAGUAAGAGAGGCAAACGCCUUUCAGUCCAACCAUCGUCUGCGUCAAUCCAGCAGUAGUAGCUUAGUUGCCGAUGGUCUCCAGGCUCUUCUCCCACUUGUCGAGGUUGCCCGGCAGCUUCGACCACUCGUCGAACUCGUCAUCGAACAGCGACGGGAUGGAAGUCGACGUCGAGCUCGAACUGGACGCUGUACAUACCCAAAUAGCACCACAGCAAAUGUCAGUACUCAUCCAGUUGCAAACAACUUGAGUUGGCUUACGAAUCACGAUCUCCUCCUCUUUCUUCUUCGAGGGCUUGAGCUUGAACAGCAUAAUGAGCGUCGUGUAGGCACCCAGGGUGGCCAGCACAAUCUGAGACCAGCAGUAUCACCCCAAAGCGUCAGUAACUAUUAGCAGGAUCCUCCAAUUAUUAUGUCGACGUACGUGGUAGUCCUCCGGCAGGUAGUGGCGGACCUUGGCCUCCAGGCUUCCCUCAGCAGGGGCUGGGCCGUGGCUCAUCAGGCGCGACUGCGCGGGCGUACGGCGACCAGCAGCGGUCGCCACUUUCUUCACAAGGCUCAGCAUCUUGGCAGCAAGUUAUUCCUUGGGCUUUAGCGACUGCUGUAGGGGGCCGACAAGAGCCAAACGAGAGGCGGGGACAGUGCUUUCAUAGGAUUGGCUAAAAACACAUUCGGAGU